AAAAAAACAAUUAAGAACCGCUAUGCGAAAUGAGGUGUUUAGGUGGGGAAAAUAAAAAAAGGAAAAAAGGAAAAAAAAAAAGGAAAAAAGAGGAGAGAAAGGAUAAAGUGAACAAGUAAUAGUAUGGGAGGAACAGUGACAGCAGCGCCAUGGAAGCAGCUUCUUGUGGAUGCCUUGGAAUCCAAUGCCCACUUCAAGCACUCUUCCUUCUUUCAGCUUGCAACUGUAGGUUAUAACGGGAGACCUUCGAACCGCACCGUUGUUUUCAGGGGAUUUGAAGAGGAUUGCGAUAAGAUACAAAUCAACACCGAUUGUAGAAGUCGCAAGAUUGAGGAGCUUAAGCAUUGUCCGUUUGCUGAGAUAUGCUGGUAUUUCACUGACUCUUGGGAGCAAUUUCGAAUUAAUGGAACAAUUGAGACCAUUGAUGGAUCCAAUCCUGAUCCUAGAAAACUUCAGCAAAGAGAGAAAUGUUGGUUCGCCAGUUCUCUGAAUUCGAGACUCCAGUAUUUGGGACCUAAUCCUGGACUUCCAAGACUAAAUGAAGAACCACCCAAAGAAGUCAUUCUAGACCGCAGUAUAGGCCCAGUUGGUGCAUUUUGUGUGUUGGUUCUUGAUCCAGAGCAGGUUGAUUACUUGAAUCUGAAGAGUAACCAGAGGCUAGUCUUUACAUCCACACACGUUAAUGGAGUCAAGUGCUGGACUUCAGAGGAAAUCAACCCAUGAAGUCUGCUGUGUAACUAGCUUAUGGACAGGUUGGGAUGAGAGACAAAAUGUUUAUGAGAUAAUAAUGGAAAUAAAUGAUGUUUGGUUUUUAA